AUGAGUGGCAUGAGCUCGCCGCGGUGUGAUGGAGCGGCGGCUGACUGGUCGCCGCAGGAAAAAAAGGCAACAGAGCACCUUUCUUCUCGCCAAAGCGAGUUGCCAGCGAUGAGCGUUCGUUUCUGGGCGAAGCUGAGCUCCAGCGUGUCGAGGCAGUCCGGUGUUCGCGAGACAACUCCCAUGCACGCGGAGCGAGAUGUGCGCGCCUUCAAACUGCAGAAUGCAAUUUUAGACGCAGAGAAAAAAGACAGAGGGAAAGCACACGACGACGAGAGAAAGCGCGAAGCGAGUCUGCAGUAG